UAUGUAUACUACAGUUAUUUCAACACAGUGAGAACAUUGUCGCAAUAGUUUCUGUUGAGCAAACGGGUAGCACGUUAAGCAAACAGUAAAGUUUGGAUAACACGUGCAGAGCAUUAUUACGUAUAAUAGCAAGGCAGCUAGCAAGACGGAUAAUAUCUCCUAUAUUCAGUUCUCUGUCUAAAUUAAGACGCUGAUCCUGUAUAAUAGAGCCCUAGCUUUACUGCCGAACAAGGUGAACAUCGUCAAGUCAUGUCGGAUGCCAAACGAUCUCGUCUCUUCUUCAUUUGCAUUCCAAGGUCUGGGUCGACAUCAAUCCUGAAAUGUUUGAGCUUCAUUGACGGGCUCGAGGCGUGGUUCGAGCCGUAUGUCAUCGCCAAGAUCGCUAUCCGAGAGUACAAGGCACAUGCUGGGAAGGACCUACCGACUGAUUGGAAAGAAGAGAACAGUGCCGAGUUCGACCACGCUGCUCAGUUAAUACAUAAUAUGAAUAAACUACCUUUAGUAGAAGGAAAGGAUUUUGCGUUUUCGGAGGUAAAACGACGUCUUGAGAAUCUAAAGAGCACUCGGGUCGUCGUCAAAGACAUGGGCGGAUCCUUCUGUGGUUCUCGAAAGCAGUACCUCCCUUCUCGUGAUAGCGGUUACAAGUACGUCUUCAUAAUCCGAGAUCCACAACUUGCUCUGUCGUCCUACAGACGAGCCACCAUACAGACAUCUCGCACCAUGCCAGGGUACACUGCUGGCAAAACCGAAGAGGACUUUGAUCUUCGAGUGGAUGAUCCGUACUACUACUCUGCCGGUGGCAACUACUUCAACAUCCAUGCAGCCUGGAAGUAUGUCCGAGAAAACCUUGAUCCAGACCCGUUGAUCGUAGAUUGUGAAGACUUGAUGGCCAACCCAAAGCCAUACAUACAGAAGAUCUGUGAAAAUGGAGGGUUGGAGUUCCACGAUGGGCUCUUAAACUGGGAUGCUUCCACCGAUAUCAUCAAAACCUGGAAGAAUCCUGGGGGAGUGCCGAAGAUGCUGGCAACUGGUCUUGGGUAUUUCCAUCGAACAGCCAUCAACAGCUCUUGCUUUCAAUUCAGUAAGAAAGAGAAACCACCACUCUUCUCUGCAACGAAAGAUAUUCAGAGGGCGGUUGCCGAUGGGACAGAGUAUUACAAUGAGAUGUAUGAACUUCGUUUUAAGCCUUGAUUAAAUGGGGGUGAUUAUUUAAAGAAUUAUGUUUCGACCCUCAGUUACAUAGUUUUAUGUUAAAAUUUUCUUAAGUAAUAUCUUCAUGGAGCAAUUAAGCCUCUCUUUGUAGAGUUCGAACCUAGACAUGUUUCAUUGGUGUUAUAUCCCUCACAUUCUGUCUAAUGACACACGAAUUCUCACACACAAUAUAUUUAACCUGAAUGCAAUAUUUUUAAAUUUUCCAUUUUAUCAUUGUACAUCUUUUCAGAGUUGGAUGGUUCCUUUGCAAUCUUCCAACGGGAUUCGAAUGUGCGCCAUUUUUUAAAGCAGGGUAAAGGCGCUCGUAAAUACACUGGUAAAUAUGAAAGGGUUUUCAUGGUGCUUUUCAUUUGGGAUCUUUUAAAGGUAACGCAACCUUUUUUCCAGCGACAUUUGCUCUGGUCUUAAUAUCUCAAAGGGGGUAGGGUUAGAGUUAGGAGUGUAUUUUUUUGGUUCAGAACAAUAUAUGGUUAGGGUAUACUUUUGGAGGCUAGAAUUUAUGUUUGGCCUGACGUGUAAAUUUUCAAUCAGAGAAAUUGCUGCCGGAGCAAAUGUCAUGGACCCCUUUUAAAAACCACCCACAUAUUGUUUUUAUGGAAAAUGUAGAAACCAUCAAUUUUUAAACACAUUAAAAAGGGUAUUGCCUUGUUAAAAUCAGGGUAUGCGGUGAUUAAAAGUGUGAUGGAUAAGAGUCACACAAGGGGUAAACCUGUAUUGCUCGAAUAUUUAUCAGAACCAGGAACAUCCCCAUAUACACAGAGCUAUGUGAGCGAUGCUUUUUUUACUUUCCAUUUUGUAUAUUAAGAAUGGUUAAUAUCAUUAAAAUCAUUGAAACCUUGCAUAGAGGAUACCUUUCGAAAUUCAAUUCAAUAUGGAUAUCGCAUGCAUUGUAUUGACAUCUGAAUCGUAUCUUAUUUUGCUUGUACUCAUAGAAACUAAGGAACCUAUAAAUUGCCAUCGAGAUUGUGAGAUACCUUAUCUCACCAAGUCGACAUAUUAUAAAGUGUUGUA